AUGUCUUCGGUCGCGCAAAAACGUCUCUUCCACGAGUACAAGAACCUCUCCACCAACCCACCCGACGGCAUCACGGCUGGUCCCGUCACGGAAGAUGACAUGUUCCAUUGGGAGGCCCUGAUCCAGGGCCCUGAAGGCACACCAUUUGAAGGAGGCGUCUUUGCCGCCGAACUGAAGUUCCCCAAGGAUUAUCCGCUGAGCCCGCCUACGAUGAAGUUUGUUGGCGGUGGAGUCUGGCACCCGAACGUUUAUCCCAACGGAACCGUCUGUAUCUCUAUCCUCCAUCCUCCUGGCGACGACCCCAACCACUACGAGCACGCCUCCGAGCGCUGGUCGCCCAUUCAGAGCGUCGAGAAAAUCCUCAUCUCCGUCAUGAGCAUGCUUGCAGAGCCCAAUGACGAGAGCCCCGCCAAUGUCGAGGCCGCGAAGAUGUGGCGUGAGCGGAGACAGGAGUAUGAGCGGAAGGUGCGCGACGAGGUCCGAAAGGGACUGGGUCUGUAG